AUGACAAACGAUAAAUCCCCAGUUAUCAUUGUUGGUGGAGGUCUCGCCGGCCUCGUUGCAGCAACAGAGCUGUCGCGGCGUGGAGUCCAUACAGUCAUCGUGGACCAAGAAAAUGAAGCAAACCUGGGAGGACAAGCAUUCUGGUCACUAGGUGGCCUAUUUUGUGUCAAUUCUGCUUCUCAGCGCCGCCUAGGCAUCAAAGAUAGUCGAGAGCUCGCGAUGCAAGAUUGGUUCAAUACGGCUCAGUUUGACCGUGAUACCGAUCUUUGGCCUAGGAAGUGGGCGGAAGCAUUCGUCAAUUUUGCUACAGAUGAACUGGAAACGUAUGCAAAGAGUCAUGGCAUGUCGUUUUCGAGUGUUGGCUGGGCAGAACGGGGUAGUGGAAAUGCAAGUGGUCAUGGAAAUUCCGUACCUAGGUUUCAUGUUACCUGGGGUGCUGGUCCAGCAGUCGUCGAAGCUUUCGAAAAGCCAGUACGAGAGGCAGCAAAAAAGGGACUGGUAGAAUUCAAGUUCCGACAUAAGGUUGAUCAACUUGUUAUUGAUGACAAAACCGGCGCCGUUGUUGGUGUACGUGGGCAGAUAUUGGAGCCAUCCGAGACAUUGCGCGGGGUGGAGAGUAGCCGAACGGCCAUUGAUAAUUUCGAACUUUAUGGGGCCAAAGUAUUGAUUACAUCCGGCGGAAUUGGUGGUAAUGUUGAGCUUGUGAAGAAGAACUGGCCCGUCGACCGUCUAGGGCCUCAAGUGCCGCGCUCGUUCGUUAUCGGUGUGCCUGCAUAUGUCGACGGUCGAAUGAUUGAAAUUGCAGAAGAAGCAGGGGCUCAUAUCGUCAACAGCGACCGGAUGUGGCACUAUACGGAAGGGUUGCAGAACUGGAAUUCCAUUUGGCCGGAGCAUGGAAUCCGAAUCAUACCUGGUCCCUCGUCAUUGUGGUUGGAUGCGACUGGAAAGAGGCUACCACCAUUUCUUUAUCCUGGAUGUGACACUCUGGCCACCCUCAAACAUAUUUGUGCUACUGGAUACGACUAUACCUGGUUCAUUCUUAACAGGACGAUCGUCGCCAGUGAGUUUGCGUUGUCCGGGUCGGAACAGAAUCCAGACUUGACCAGCAAGAGCAUUUGGAAGACGCUGCAACAACGAUUCUUUAGUUCCGCGCCUACAGAACCGGUCCAAGCGUUUUUAGACCAUGGAGUAGAUUUUGUAGUAGAGAGUUCUCUAACGAAGCUGGUUGAUCGGAUGAACAAACUUGCCGAAGAAAAGGGCGGGCCAUCGGUAGACAUUGAGCAGAUCAAACGAGAAAUCAUGGCCAGGGACGACCAGGUCGAAAACAAGUAUUCGAAAGAUGCACAGGUCAUGCUGAUACGCAAUGCACAGAAUUAUUGGCCCGAAAGACUCUCGAGGGUUUCUAAGCUUCACAAAAUCCUGGACCCUCGCCAUGGACCUCUCAUUGCCGUCAGACUGAAUCUUUUGACUCGAAAAACCCUUGGCGGACUCGAGACAAACCUUGAUGCGAAUGUUCUUCGCCCCGACGGAACAUUGUUUUCCAAUCUAUAUGCUGCUGGAGAGGUUGCUGGGUUUGGCGGAGGAGGUGUUCAUGGAUACAGCUCCCUUGAAGGGACUUUUCUGGGUGGAUGUAUCUUCUCCGGGCGGACUGCUGGUGUCAAGAUAGCCGAGUCUCUGGGAGCGUAG